UUGAUUGUCUAUACAAGCGAAUCAGGUCUGCGCACAGUCCCUCACAUUCUCCUAAUUAAGAACUGUCUAAUUAAAUUAUCGUCUGGAGUUAACCAAUGGCAAUUCUUGUUUCAUUAGCAUCGCAGAAAGAGUGAUGAAAAGCGAAUCCUCCCUGAUUGCAGGAUGGUGUCAAUUGGCUAAUUUGCUGCCGUACUCAAGUACCCUCAAACCAUAGGAAGGCGUUUUUCAUCCUGUUGGAUUAGCUAGGCGUGGGUAAAAGACUGUGGUUUGAUAUAAAUUGGGCUUAUAGCACGUUUACCAUUGAGCUAUGCAGCUCGAGAAUUGCAUCUCACCAUCUAGUGUGCUCUCGAAGAAAUUUAUGAAUGUGGGUAGUGGCUACUCGAACUCCGUUGGAUCUGAGCUCUCAUUGCAGGACCAUCCUAUUAUAUCUGCAAGUGACAACCUGGAGAGAAGUUCACCUCUGAAAAAAAACUCCAGGGGGAUGACGAAUCAGUCAGAGGCAGACAAUUUUCCCCACUCCAAGGACGCACCAGGGGACGUCCAGAGAGGCAAACUCUCUCAUAAUCUUCACGGAGUCUCUGAAAUUCGUCAUAAUUUCGAUGGAUCUGCAGGAGAAAGGUAUAUCCUUUCUCAAUCUAGCCAACCCCAGUCCGUCUCAGCAACUCCAAGUGCUAUGUUCCCUUAUCCGAGUCAACAUGGACCUGCGCACCCGGCUUUUUCGAUUGGAAGCCCGAGUCGUUACAUGGCCCACCACCCGGUCAUAACCAAUGGAGCGUACAACAGUCUACUGACCAACAGCUCUGCACAAGGCUAUCCCACCGCGGGCUACCCUUACGCGCAACAGUAUGGACACACAUACCAAGGAGCGGCGUUCUACCAGUUUUCUUCGGCGCAAGCUGGGCUCGUACCUGGGAAAGCCCAGGUGUAUCUUUGCAACAGAGCCCUAUGGCUGAAGUUCCACAGACAUCAGACAGAGAUGAUAAUCACAAAACAAGGACGACGAAUGUUUCCUUUUCUAAGUUUCAACAUUUCUGGUCUCGAUCCUACGGCGCACUACAACAUAUUUGUGGACGUUAUCCUUGCUGACCCUAAUCACUGGCGAUUUCAAGGCGGAAAAUGGGUACCAUGUGGAAAGGCUGACACAAAUGUGACAGGAAACAGAGUUUACAUGCACCCUGACUCACCGAACACCGGAGCGCACUGGAUGCGCCAAGAAAUUUCUUUUGGAAAACUGAAGUUAACAAACAAUAAGGGAGCCUCCAACAACACGGGCCAGAUGGUGGUUCUUCAGUCUCUUCACAAGUACCAGCCCAGACUCCACGUGGUGGAAGUUAACGAAGAUGGAACUGAGGACUCCAGCCAACCUGGAAGAGUACAGACUUUUACCUUCCCAGAAACACAGUUUAUCGCAGUCACGGCUUACCAGAAUACCGAUAUUACACAGUUAAAGAUCGACCACAAUCCAUUUGCCAAAGGAUUUCGGGACAACUAUGACACUGUCUACACAGGUUGCGACAUUGACCGCCUAACGCCAUCACCGGGUGACUCGCCUCGCUCACAGAUCGUGCCUGGUGCGAGAUAUGCCAUGACUGGUUCCUUCCUGCAGGACCAAUUUGUCAGCACUUAUGCCAAAUCUCGCUUUCACCCUGGCGUAGGGACUGGUCCUGGCACGGACCGCAGCGUCCCACUUAGUAACAGCUUGCUAUCCCCGCAACAAACCGAAGAGCCCACAGUUGCUUCCCCACAGCGUUGGUUUGUCACCCCUGCCAACAACCGACUGGACUUUGCCGCCUCGGCAUACGAUGCUGCCGCUGCUGCAGAUUUUGCCGGCAACGCGGCCACCUUGCUGUCCUACGCAGCGGCUGGAGUGAAGGCUCUUCCCCUCUCCACGGCAGGUUGCUCCAACAGACCGCUCGGGUAUUACGCCGACCCGUCAGGCUGGGGCGCCCGUACGCCACCACAGUACUGUAGCAAGUCGAGCUCCGUUCUCUCAUGCUGGCCCACGAAUACUGUUACCGGCAGAAUGGGCCCGUCCAGUUACUUGGCCGAGGAGGGAGACGCCAUUCCCACAGAGCGGUCUCCAAUAGGGGCGUCAGACGAGGCAAAACCAAAAGACUUGUCCGAAUCCAGCUGGAUAGAGACGCCGUCUUCAAUAAAGUCAAUUGAUUCCAGUGAUUCUGGAAUCUUCGAGCAAGCAAAACGGAGAAGAAUUUCUCCGUCUGCCACACCAGUUUCGGAGACAGUGUCCCCGUUAAAAUCCGAGAUGUUGGCACCAAGAGAGUGUGAGAAAAAUUGUGCCAAGGACAUUGGUUACUAUAGUUUCUAUCCACAUAGUUAA